AUGUCCCAGGAAGAGGGUGUUGCUCCUGUGGCUUAUGUCGGACAAAAGGAACAAGCUGUUGAAUGGUAUAAGAAAGGAAUUGAAGAACUGGAAAAAGGAAUAGCUGUCUUAGUAAUUGGUCAAGGUGAUCAGUGUGAACGGGCUCGACGUCUGCAAUCUAAAAUGAUGACAAAUUUGGCAAUGGCCAAGGAUCGCUUGCAGCUUUUAGAGAAGCUGCAGGCAGUUUUGCAAAUUUCCAAGCCGCAAAUGGAGGUCUGUAAUGACAGUACUAACCUGGCAUGCCGCAAUGGACAUCUCCAGUCAGAAAGUGGAGCUGUUCCAAAAAAGAAGGAUCCCUUAACACACACGAGUAAUUCCCUUCCUCGUUCAAAAACUGUUGCAAAAACUGGAUCCACAGGCCUUUCAGGUCACCAUAGAACACCUAGCUACAGCGGGAUAUCAACUUCUGUGUCUAGACCAGCACCUAAUCCUGCAGCUUCAACUCAUAAGGCUGUGCCUAAAAAUAGCAGAACAAAUAAACCUUCUACUCCUACCACUGCUCCUCGAAAAAAGAAAGACAUGAAGAUAUUUAGAAAUGUGGACAGUAAUCUUGCUAAUCUUAUCCUGAAUGAAAUUGUUGAUAGUGGGCCAGCUGUCAAAUUUGAUGAUAUUGCAGGGCAGGAACUGGCUAAACAAGCUUUGCAAGAAAUUGUUAUCCUACCUUCUCUUAGACCUGAGUUAUUUACAGGUCUUAGAGCUCCUGCACGUGGAUUAUUGCUGUUUGGCCCACCAGGAAAUGGGAAGACAAUGUUGGCCAAAGCAGUUGCUGCAGAAUCAAAUGCUACUUUCUUUAAUAUAAGUGCAGCAAGCCUAACUUCAAAAUAUGUGGGUGAAGGAGAGAAACUGGUGCGUGCUCUAUUUGCAGUAGCCAGAGAACUUCAGCCUUCUAUAAUUUUUAUUGAUGAAGUUGAUAGCCUUUUGUGUGAAAGACGAGAAGGUGAACAUGAUGCUAGUAGGCGUCUAAAAACAGAAUUUUUAAUAGAAUUUGAUGGUGUGCAGUCUUCUGGAGAGGACAGAAUACUUGUAAUGGGAGCAACAAACAGGCCACAGGAGCUUGAUGAUGCUGUUCUCAGACGAUUCACCAAACGGGUAUAUGUGUCUUUACCAAAUGAGGAAACAAGACUGGUUUUGCUAAAAAAUCUUCUAAGCAAGCAAGGAAGUCCAUUGACCCAAAAAGAGUUGGCACAACUGGCUAGAAUGACAGAUGGAUACUCUGGAAGUGAUUUAACUGCGUUAGCAAAGGAUGCAGCGCUGGGCCCUAUUAGAGAAUUAAAACCAGAACAGGUGAAGAACAUGUCUGCCAGUGAGAUGAGAAAUAUCAAACUGUCAGAUUUCACUGAAUCUUUGAAGAAGAUAAAGCGCAGUUUGAGCCCUCAGACCCUGGAAGCAUAUAUUCGCUGGAACAAGGACUUUGGAGAUACCACAGUGUGAAACACUACUUGAAGUCAAAGAAAGUGCUGCCUAAGGAGCAAUUGGUACAGACUACUGGAAAGCAGCCAGAGUUUACAGGACUUUACAGAUCUUUAAGUAUCUGCAUUAAAACUUGAGAUUAAGAAAAAAUUAUACAAUGUGAAAUGUGUUCAUCAAAGCCUCCUUGCCAUUUAGUGAGGAUUUACACGCUGUAAGUAAGAGCACAGUAGAACUUGAGAUAAGAUUCCUAGCAAUCCGAUUAUGGUUUGAACAAUAAUAUAUGUAUUUGUUUCAGCUAGAAGGCUCUGAUGAUAUUGAUCAUUGGAAAACCUUUUCCCUGUGUCGUGUGUGUGGUUUUUUGUUUUUAAUUUUGCCAUGACAUUGAUGUCUGGCUUUCUUCCUUAUAACUACUAACUUACAAUUGGAGGUUUGUAAACUUUGGUUCCGUUUCUGAUUUAUUUUUUUUAUCCUUAAUGUGCCAAAUAAAACAAUUUCCCUAUGCAGAGAGGAAGAACAGCAUUGGGGAAUUACGAUUAUUAAAAUGUAAAAAGCAGCUGGUCUGUUAUUAUUUGUCUUUUUGUUUAGUUGUAAUGUGACUGUAUUGUUCACAGAAUGGUUUUAAAGAAGACCUUUGAUAGCAGAACAGCAAAAAAUCCCCAGCCCUAUAAAACCAAUUCAGACUGUCUUAAAAAAAAUAAAAUUACUAAAUAAGAAAAUAGAUUAAGACAUUCAUUUACUGGCAGUAUUUUCUCUUAACACAUUUUGUAAUGCUUCCAUUUGUAGAAUGUUAGCUUACGCUUAUAGUGUUCAACUUGAAGCCCCGCUGAUGUUUGAGAGAGUAAGUGAUGCUAAUUGUCAAGUUUAGAAAUGAUGCAUUUCUACUCUGUGUCUUGGUCUGUUUAAGAUAACUGAAAGUAAAAUUUCCAUUGUGAUAAUUUUUUUUAAUCUGCACAUGUAAACAUUAAAAUAUGAGGCUACAUGUUUAAUACAUGGCACACAUUAAUGUUUUUAUAGCUUUCAUAUGUUUUGGUUUAUAUAUUAAAGUAUGGAACACUCAGCUGAUCUGCUUUUUUAAAAAGAAAAUGGAUCUUUGUACAAAUACUUGUUUUUAUUAUAUAAAUGACAAGCUAUUAAAAAAAGAACCACUUAAGUGAUAGCCUUUAAAUACUGUAAUAAAGGAAAACAUCUUUGCCUUUACUUCUAAAGGCCUGACAUCUUGUUUACAAAUUCUACAUGGAUUAAACACAGAUGUUUGCAAGGCAGAACACUAGUUCCUUGUUAGAGCAGGUUUGUGGGGGUUUUAUUUUUUUCAAAAAGACAACUCUCCCAACUUAGUGAUAUUACAAAAAUGCAUAUUGUUUACAGUUUAUACUAAAGUUAUAAGCUUUGUUUGCUUUUGGUCUUAACAGAAAACUUUGUUUUUAAUUUUUCAUUUAACUUAUUUUUUUAUUGGUAGGAGUAAGUCAAAUACUUCUGGGACUACUCACCUGAAAAUUGACUAUAAAUAAUAUAAUAUAUUUAUAUAUGAAAAAAACCCACUAGCUGGUAGGUGCAGUGUAAGUAUAGUAAUGCCCAGAGAGGACUCUGCUCACUGUGUAGUAUUGAGUAUUAAAUAGCAGAAACUGUGUCAAAAGUUUUGAGACACAGAGAUGCGGUAUGUUUGGGAUUCUGGUUUUUUUUUAACCAGAGAUGCUUUUAACUGAUCUUAAGAUUAAAAACAAUUAAAUAAGGGAAGAUUGCGUUACACUAGUAUGCCUUUGAAACAGUCUAACCAAACCACUUCCAGCCUUCUAGGAGUAUGACACACUCAAAUGUAUGUCUGAUGUAAAUGAAACGUGUGACUUCUGUUCCCCUGAUUCACUUUCCUGGAGAAGUGAGAAAUGCUAAAAGAUUCAUUUUCUUAAGUCUCAUGUAUUGCUUGCUCUGCCUUAGUUAUGCCUUUAGUAGACCAUCUCUAUUGUUGGAGAUUCCUGGCUGACUUGAUCUAUGUUUGUCAUAGACUUUGUAGUGCUAAGCAUGAAUAUUACUGUUUUAUUAGCAUCUGACAGACAGCUCAAUAGCUAAGAAAGGUCCUUGAUCUUCCUAUUCAUAAAGCAUGUAAGCUUUCCUUGAGAUCCUUUGCAAAUGAGAACUUUGAAGGUAACACUUCUGGUUUUGAGUGUUCCUAAAUAUUUGUUAUCAAACUCUGUUUUCCUCAAUUUUGAGGAAUAUACUGGUAUUUAUUUCAAAUACAUACCUAUUGGCAUGUGAUGGGUACCGGAAAUGUAGAGGCAGAAGUUCUUAUCUGCUAAAACACCACCAGUGCUCACGCACAAAGAGUCAGAAGUCUGAGCUGCUACUUCAGAAAGAUGGACUAGCCCUUUCACUUGUUUGUACAACCCAUUCAGGUCAAGAGACUCUGACUGGUACCACUGCUUUUUGGUUAUCUAUUCUGCCCUGAUUGUCUUCUGCAUAAUGGUUGAACAACAGCUAUAUAAAUUAUUUAGAACAUGUAGUAAGAUCUCAAUUUUGUUCUGCAACAUCAGUUUGCCGCACAGCUGCUGGAUUUCUAGCCUGUGACCAAGUGCUGUUUGGUUCAUAAAUCACCUUUAAAUGUCUUUCUUAUGCUAUUUUCUGAAUAGUGUUUUAAGAAUAAUUCUGUUCCCUUUAAGCAUUAUCUCGCAUCUUCUGGUUUCUUGUUUGAUAUGUACUAAGUUUCAGCUUGGUGAUUUUCAUCUGUGUGUUGGAUUAACUGUGUAUAAAAGCAGAUCCAAAAAAAACCCCCAACCCAACCCCAAAAAACAAUCAACACCCCCCCACACACACACCCCCAAAAACCCCAAAUACCCCUAUUUCCCAAAUCUAUAGUAUUUUAUAUACAACUUUGCAACUGUAUUUACCAUAAAAUCAGAUUAUGUUGUAAUACAGUAUCUUGAAUUAGAAUAGGAUAAGCAGGACAGCAGCUUGGAUGCUUUUAACCUUUGCAAACGUUGGUGUUACAUUAGCUCUCUAAACCACCAUAUUUUCCCCCUGAUUCUACCCACUGCUUGACCCACUUUUUUGAGGUUAUUAGGAAGCAGUUUGUCUGGCUCACUGCAAGUGUUUUACUGACUUAAAGUGUAGCAGUUACUGAAGGGAGGAAAAAAACCCAACCCAUGCCCCCUCUUUUUUUAAAAACCUUCUUCAUACAUCUUUGACUUUUUGUUAAGUAGGAAACACAUCUGUCUUUCUCUGUGUUGGAAGAACAGUGUCUUCUCAGGCAGCGGGUUGCUGCUUCUGGUGGCAUAGCAGGAGGGGAAAACUCAAGCACUGUGUGAUGCUCUUUCUUCUUAAAAUGAGAAUUUGUCAUGUGUUUUGAUGUUCCCUUUACUAAUGCUGACUUUUCUGUAGAGUACACCAAACUUGUACAGGUUCUCUCCUUGCGGCUAAGAGAAAAACAACACUUGAGUAUUAAAGUUAAGCCUUAAAGUAGGAUAUUUAUACAUGUCUCUCUGUCCUGUUAGUUUCUUUUACAGAGUUCAGUGUAUUUAAAAAUAGGCAUUCUGCCCCUGCGAUGUCUUUCUGACUAUUUCUGCAAGUCAGUUGCUAAUACAGUUUUGUUGAAUAUGGCCCUGCAACUUACUUUAUGUAGAUAACAGAUGUGAUAGUAACACUUUGAAAUGGAGAUGAAUGGAAUCUCUGAACUGAGAAGGAAUUUGUUGUCACUGCACUAAUUGGAGGCUAUUGCUGAUUUCACUGUUAAGAUACUCUCAAAUGUUUUUAAAAUGACAGUUUUUAUACAUGUAACUUAGACAAUUAACCUUACCUUCUGGCAUAGAAUAAGUGGUAUUUUUUCUAAACAAGCAGGUUUUAGCACUGGUUGGCAUCUGCUGCUAAGUCAGUCUUGUGAAAUUUAAUUACUUUUUACUGUGAAUACUGCAUCAGAUCUGCUGGCCAAUUUAAUGGAGAUGUCUGUUUUGCCACCAGUAUGGAAAGCAGUGUUUUCCUUAGGGCUUCCUUAACCACCAAUGGUGAAACUUUGUGCCCUAGAUGCUUACAUUGCUUUCCUCCCCAAGACAUGGAUAAUGCAUAGCUGUGCCCAGGACAUGUUUAUGUAGCUGCUCCAGUGCUUUAGCGAUGCUUCUGCAUGUGGCAGCUUUGGGAGGUGGCAAGUCCUAUCCUAGGUUACAGAUCUUGGUUCAUUAUCUGUGGUGGUCUCGAGCUUUUGUGAUGUUAUUAGUGUUGGGGUCUUCUACCAGAUAUGAAAACUGGAAUGAAAAGUAGCAAGCAGGUAGUGAAUGCAACUAGUUAUCUCAGUCAUUGUGCUAAUUAGAGGCAGUUGCUGAUUUGAUUGUUAGGUUCUCCUGAGCUGCUAUUUAGUGUUGAAGGAUGUUGUUUUGCUUGCCUAAGUGAAUUUUCAUGCUUCAGAUGAUCUGCUGGUCAUCCUAAGAGAUAACCAAUGGAUCAGUUGUUUUCUUUUAGAUGUUUUUUCUUUAAAUAUUCUUUUCAAUAUUUUUCCUUUCAAAUAUUGUAACUGUCGUUCCACAGGAUGAGGAAGUUAAACUGUUGCUUCCUGCAAAUACGAAAUCAUCUUCUGAAGUAUGGAGAAAUGCAUAUUGUGCUUCUCCUGCUUCUCAUGUAAAUCGUUAACUGUCUUAGAGUGGCAACUGUUUACUUUGUCAAUAACUACCUCCCGAGUUUGGCAAUAAUUGGCAAGGUAUACACUCCUCUAGUGGAUUAAGUAUAUUGGCUAAACACUGUGGGUUCUUCAGAGUUUGAUCUUUUGAUUUGCAAAUUCCUGACAUCAUGUCUGGAAACUGGUAAUCAGCCUUGUUUUGCUGUAAGAUUUUCCUUGCCUUCAUAAGACUCACUUCUUAAAAUCCUGAUUCGGAGAAGUGGCUUUGAGGAAAAAGGUCAGUGUUCUUUGUAGUUGGUUAACAGAGGUGUAUUCUCCUAAGAUGCUAGGGGUGUAGCCUCUCGGUUCUGCAGGUUUUUUUACCAUUAGAAGUGGUGAAGAAGGUACUUGAAUACUCACACCUCUCAAAGGGACUGGAAAUAUGGAAACUGGUUUUGCCACAUGAUGCAAAUUUUUAUUCAUGUGAAGGGCUAGUCAGUAUUUUUCAGAAAUCUGGAUUAAAGUGACAAAAACCAAAGGUGGAGACAAAACACUAUACCCCACCUCCAUUAAAUAUAUUGGACAACUCCAGUCUGGGAUGGGGUUAGUUCUUGUAUUUUGUUGUUUUGAAGCACUUAUGUUUCACUGUUCUUUUAAGAAUGUUUUUUGAAAUGUUAAACACCAUUUUAUUAAUAAGCACUGUAAAAAAGCAUGAUGAGCAGUCACAUAGCUUUAGCUUCACAAUAAAAUGUUGCAUUUGUCCUGUUCUUACUGUUUUCUUGUCUGUUUAUCAGAUAAAAUGUCCAAAAUUAAGAGCCUUUUCAUUAAACAUGAAGCUAGUUUAAUUGCUGCUGGUUUAAAAAAUAAAUAAAUCGGGUGUAUACCACAUGAUGGAACAAUAAAUAUGUAAAUACCUCAUUUAGUUUCUAAAGGACAUAAUUCAAGUUCUUAAAACUAAUGUAAACAGAAGUGCUACUUCCUAAAUAAAUGUGCUGAAACCUAAA